AUGGCAUUAGAAUCAAUAGAAAACACUCAAAACAAAUCAAAUGAUGAUCAAAGGAUAGAAAAAGAAUUGAGGGUUGCUGAUUUAAGAGAUGUGAUGCAAAAGUUAAGGAAAGCAGAAUUUAAUAACGGAGAUUGGGAGGAGUUAGGAAGGGAACUUGGACUGCAUCAAAAUACACUAAAUGGGAUCAAGGAUAAUGAAAGAGGUAAUAUUGACAAGUGUUUCACCAGAUGCCUUACAAAAUGGCUGGAGAGAGCUGAUAAAGUUGAUGAUGAUAAAUUUCAUGGAAGACCAUCAUUUAAUUCAUUAUGUGCGGCACUUGAAGCGAUUGGAAGGGGUGCAAUAGCUGAACGUAUAAGUGCUAUGUUUGGAGGAAAUUCAUCAGAAGGAAAGAAACCAGCUAAAAAGCCAAAAACUGACUCUCCUACUACAAAAACUGGUACUGGAAACAAAGAUGGAGGAGCUCAAGCAAGUUCUGGUGAUGAGGAACCUGAUG